AUGGUCAAAAGUCGAGAAAUGACGAUUGAGGACUUACAAGCCGGCAUUGACGAGGACGAUGCUAUCAUUAGAAAUAUGGAGAGAAAGCUCGGAAUCAAAAAGAAAAAGAAGAAGGAGCUGACUACGUCGGAUGAAAUAAGGGACUCGUUGAAGAUCUUUGGCGAUGAAGUCGUCGAAGAUGAUCUCGAAUCGGCAAAGAAAGCUGAAGAGGAAUCAGCAGGAGCAAAUACAAAUUUAGACGAAAGUUUUGAGGAAGAGGAUUUUUCAGGGGAUGAAUCAUUUGAUGAGUUCGACGAUGAUGCUUUCGAGGAAAACUCUGACGAAGAAGAAGUUGAAGAAGAUUUAGAUAGCGGGACCGCUAAGGAAAGUCAGCUUAUGGAGGGCGAUUCGGAACCCGAAAGUGACGAAGACGAUGGAGAAGAUGAACUGGAGGGCUUCGGCGAUGAACCAAGCGAUUCUGAUGGAGAAACCGAUGAAGAGAAUACUGAAAUAUUCCAAGCAAUUUACGGCGAGGAAUCUGAUUCUGAAGACAUGCCUCCUUCGAAAAAAGAUGAGAAAGAAACCUCUAAAGAAGUCACUCCAGAACAAGCGUCGAAGCCAGAAGUGAAAAAGUACAUUCCUCCAGCUCUUCGGGCUCAGAAUAAUGCUCUAGAAAGGCUUGUUCGAGGGCAUUUGAAUAAACUCUCGUCCUCGAAUCUCUAUGCGAUUGUACAAGAGUUCCAGUCGAUCUUCAGAAACAAUCCAAGAAAAGAAGUUUCUUCAAUAAUCACAUCCACAAUUUUCAAUCAAGUCAUUCAAUCAAGCCAAACUCCCCACUUACUGGUCGAAGACUACUCCUCAUUUUUGAUGUCAAUUCACUACCUUGUUUCUGAAGAAAUAACCGGAUUUUUCGUUGAAGACUUGAUCAACAAAUUCUUUGAGCUAAACGAAGAAAACUCGAUUGACAUGUUUAAGAUGAAGAAUUUACUGGCUCUGACUUGUACUUUGACGAGAUUGAAGUUGUUCAAUGUGAAGUUGGUUCUUGAGAUUUUCAAACAAUUUACGAAGCGAUUUUCGCCAGACGACAUCGAGUUCAUUCAACUGAUUCUGUUGCAGUGCGCGUUUACUAUUCGAAAAGAAGCUCCAGCGGAGCUGAAGUCUAUCAUCAUCGAUGUGCAUUCAAAAGUGAACGAGAAAUCGGACGAAAUCGAAUCUGUUGGAGGAUCUAGGGCAAAAUUUAUGUUGGAAAUGCUCCUCAACGUCAAGAACAACAAUUUGAAUGCGAUGAAAGCUCACCCUGGUUUUAUUGAAAGCGAGCGUGAUCAGAAUUGCAAGAAAAGGAUAAGAGCAGUUGUCGGUCAGGUCCAGAUCGAGCCAUUUUCCGCUGUUGGAUUGUCAGAUAUUAUUGAUAUUCCAAAGAGAGGAAGAUGGUGGCGAGUCGGUGCCUCAGUAACGGUUAUACGAAUGGCAUCUGCGGACAGCGUUUGCUACACGCUAAUAAACCCAAGUAGCGAAGCAGAGCUUGCCACAGAAUCCCAGCUCAAGGCUGAGAUCGAAGAUGUGAAGGGAAACGACAAAACUAAAGCUGCGGCGCUGAAAAAGCUAAUUAUCCAAACCCUCAAUGGCGAUAAAUUCUCCCCGACGAUGGCGAUCCAUGUUAUCAAAUAUCUCCUCCCCUCGCAAGACCAUCAUAUAAAGAAACUGUUACUGAUUUACUGGGAAAUCGCGCCCAAGGUCGACGAAGAGGGCAAACUGAGGCAUGAAAUGAUUCUCGUAUGCGAUGCGUACAGACGAGAUCUUCAACACCCGAACGAAUUCAUCAGAGGUUCAACCCUCCGAUUCCUUUGCAAGUUAAAGCAGCCAGAGCUUCUUGAGCCACUCAUGGAGCCGAUUAGAAGCUGUUUAGAGCACAGACACUCGUAUGUUCGCCGAAACGCCGUCUUAGCAAUUAAGACCAUUUAUGACAACUUCCCUCAUUUGAUUUCUGACGCGCCGGAGCUGAUCUCUGAGUAUUUGGCCCAAGAAAAAGACGCCUCUUGUAAGCGAAAUGCCUUCAUGAUGUUGAUACAGUGCGAUCGAAACCGGGCCCUUGCUUACCUAGAAACAUGCAUCGACCAAGUCCACUCCUUCAACGAUAUUCUACAGUUAGUCAUCGUCGAGCUCGUUUAUAAAGUUUGCCGCUCGGAAGCGUCGCAGCGAGGCCGCUUCAUUAGAUGUGUCUACAAUUUGCUCCAGUCUUCAUCAAACGCUGUCAGAUACGAAGCCGCCUGGACACUGACGACUAUGUCCUCCGCCCCGACAGCGAUCAAGGCAGCUGCCGCGUGCUACGUCGAGCUCAUUAUCAAAGAGUCCGAUAACAACGUCAAAAUCAUCGUCUUAGACAGACUGACAGAGCUCAAGGAACAGCACGAACGAGUCCUUCAAGAUAUGGUGAUGGAUAUCCUCCGUGCAUUGAGCUCUCCUGAUCUUGAUGUCCGAGAAAAGACACUCAAUCUCACGCUCGACCUUGUCUCAUCCCGAAACGUCGUCGAUUUAGUAAAAUUUUUGGAAAAGGAAGUUCAAAAGAGCGCGUCGGCACAAGGAACCGACGAUAAUGACAAAUACAGACAAUUGCUGGUACAAACGCUUCACAACAUCUCCGUUCGAUUCCCCGACAUCGCUUCACAAGUCAUCCCCGUUCUCAUGGACUUCUUGUCAGAUUCAAACGAGCUCGCCGCGGGUGACGUCACAAAUUUUGUCCGAGAGGCUAUUCAAAGAUACAGUACGCUCAAGCCACUCAUCAUUCAGAAGCUUUUGGAAGUGUUCCCUAGCAUCAGAAACUUGAAGAUAAUCCGAUCGAUUUUGUGGAUCCUUGGUGAAUACUGUGACGAGCACGACUCUAUCCUCGACUUCAUGAUCGAGCUCCGGAAAUCUAUCGGUGACGUGCCCAUCGUCGCCGCCGAGAUCAAGAAGGCAGCUGGCGAGGAAGAAGAGCAGGCCGAGGGCGAACAGACUGCUGAUCCAGCACCUAAGAAGAGCUCCGGCCCACGAGUCACCGCUGACGGCACUUACAUCACUCAAUCAGCCUUGGUUUCUGACAAGAACAAGGAAGAAUCAACCGCUCCACCACUUAGAAAUUUCCUUUUGGAAGGAGAGUUCGCUACUGGAUCUGUGUUGGCUACCACUCUUACUAAACUCGGCCUUCGAUUCACUCAGCUCACGGAUAACGACCGAAAGCGAAAUGCGUUCCUCGCCGAGUGUAUGCUCAUCAUGACAUCUGUUCUCCAUCUUGGACGAAGCGGCUACGCAAAGAAACCUAUCCCAGAAGAUGAUGCUGGCAGAAUCGUUGCAUGCAUCAAGGUCUUAUCAAAUCCAACUCCACAAACAACUCAAAUUUUCGCAUUCGAGUCUCGAAACGCUCUUUCAUCACUUCUCGCCUCCAAAGAGCAGUACAAAAAGCACAGUAACAAGAAAGAGAAGAAAAUUACAAAGAUCAAUCAGCCAGAUGAGCCUAUCAGUUUUGCCCAGCUCAUGGUUCGAGAUGGAUCCGAUCAGCUAGAAGACGAGCUUCAAAGCUCGCUGAUGGCUGCUGUCUCUGGCGGACCAAGCAAUCAGGAGAAGCAGAAUCCACUCUCGUCUAAACUCAACAAGGUGUUACAGCUCACUGGUUUCUCUGAUCCCGUUUAUGCCGAGGCAUAUGUCCAUGUUAAUCAAUACGAUAUCGUUCUUGAUGUUCUCGUUGUGAAUCAGACCCCAGAUACAUUACAGUCCGUCACAUUGGAAUUGGCUACUCUUGGUGAUCUCAAACUCGUUGAAAAGCCCACGCCACUUACGCUCGCACCACAUGACUUUGCUAACAUCAAGGCCUCGGUCAAGGUUACAUCGACUGAGAACGCGAUCAUCUUCGGUAACAUUGUGUACGAUAUCACAGGCUCUCAGUCAGAUAGAAACUGCGUUGUCCUUAAUGACAUCAAGAUCGACAUCAUGGAUUACAUUCAGCCCGCACAGUGCACCGACCAGGAAUUCCGCGAAAUGUGGUCCGCUUUCGAAUGGGAAAACAAAGUCACUGUCCAUACAAACAUCGCCGAUCUCCGAGAAUAUCUUCUUCACCUCGUCGGGGCUACUAAUAUGAAGUGCCUGACUCCGGAGCAAACGAUGAGCGGCAAUUGUGAAUUCUUAGCUGCGAAUCUUUACGCGAAAUCGAUGUUCGGAGAGUCGGCGCUCGCAAACUUGUCGAUUGAGAUUGGCAAAAAUGGAUUUGUCUUAGGUCACAUACGUAUUCGAGCAAAAUCUCAGGGAAUGGCAAUUUCGCUGGGCGACAAGAUCAACGACAGUCAAAAGAAAACGUGA